AUGGCACAGUACCAGGACGAAGUUACUCUUCUUGCAAGACAUGAAACAAUUGCAGAGUUCGAAGGAAUACAGCACAUUCCAUGCAGAUUUAGGACUGCUGAAUGCCCAGACCGCUGCAAUCACGCUACAGAUGUUGCUAUUUUCAAAGUUCUUGAAUACACAAAGUACGAAAAGCCAGGUGAAUAUGGUGAUCCAAAGCAGGAAAAGAUUUGCGUUGAUAUCAAGAAACAGAUCUUCAACCAAGAUCCAAAGAUUCAAGAAUUCUGCAAGAGCCAUUUAGAGGUUGGCAAGAAAUAUCGCGUUUGCUACGAUCAUCUUUAUGUUAAACAAAAUGGCAUGAACAGACCAGAACGUCCAACAACAGAAGUUACACCACUAUAA